AUUCUCACCCCGUUCACCGCGAGCGCGAGCACACGCACCGGAACAAAGACUCACGCCCCGAGGAAAAACCCUAGAUCUUUGGUGGUAGUUGCGAUUCACAAUGGGGAAGAAGAAGGGGGCCAAGAAGGGCGGUGGCGAUGACUACUGGGACGAGGCCGGAGACGCUGUUCCUGCCGCCGCUAUCACCAAUGGCACCGCUGACGACUCGGGAGACGAUGCGGCGCCUGCUCCUGCGCGGAAAAGCGCCUUCGCUGCCAUGGCUGUCGAAGGUGGUGACGAUAAUGACGACGACGAGGAACAGGACAAAGCAUCAAAGUCCAAGCCGGAAGACGAUGAGGACUUCGGAGGGCUAAUGAGCGCGAUAAAAAAGAGCGGCGCGGGUGGCAAAAAGGACAAGAAGAAGGGCAAGAAGAACAAGAAGCAGGAAGACGACGACAUCUGGGACGAGCUGGGCGAGGACGUCAGCGGCAAUGCCGUCAAGAAGGAGGAUGACGAAGAAGAAGAGAGCAAGGCGCCCGUCGAGGGCAACUUGGAUGAUGAGUUCCCUGAUCCCAAGGCCGGCAAGAAGAAGGGCGGUAAGCCGAAGGCAGCCGAUGACGAAGAAGAGGCCGAAAAGGGCAGCGGUACGGCAACACCUCAACCAGCUGCAGACGAGGACGAUGGCACGCCGAAAAUCCUGACGAAGAAGGAGAAGGAAAAACUCAAGAAGGAGAGAGAAAAGGAAAAGAAGAGGGCUCAGGCGGCCGCAAAGAAGGCAGCUGCUGGUGGCGACCAACAAGAGGGCGAGUCUCCAGUGCAGAAGGACCAAGAGGAGCCCGCCGCCGAGGAAUCUGCUCAACAAAAGGCUGCAGAUGAUGAAGACGAAGGCGACGAGGAAGGGGGAGCGGGUGGUGCCGACAAGAAGAAGAAGAAGAAAAAGAAGAAGGGUGGCGCUGAGGCCAAGGCCGAGACACCUGCGCCCUCUGCCGGAGGAAAGAAGCCGUCAGCGGCUCUUCAGGCACUUCAGGCCCGCAUUGCUGCCCAGAAAAAAGCUGAGGAAGAGGCAAGAGCGGCCGAGGAGGAGGCGAAGAGGCGAGAGGAAGAGGCCGAGCGACUGGAGAAGGAAGAGGCCGAGCGCAAGGAGGCCGAGAGGCAGCGCAAGAAGGAGAAGGAGAAGGAGAAGCGAGAGCAGCUGCGACGCGAGGGUAAGCUGCUGACGCCCAAGCAAAAGGCGGAAAAGAAGGCGGCCGAGGCGCGUAUGCAAGCACUCUUGAAGAGCGGACAGGUCAAGGUCGACGGACUGGUCAAGCGCGAGCCAGACGAGUCUGCGGCAGCGGGUGAAAAGGAGAAGAAGAGACCAUUGGCAGACAACCGGAAGAAGAAGAAGUUCCCAACGUCAGGCCCUCCGAGCAAAUUGGCACCGCCUACAUCGACUCCCCCGCCCGAGUCAGAGGCUGUUGCACAGACAGAGGAAAAGGCGCCGUCUCCCGAGCCAGCUGCUUCUGAGGCUGCCCCUGCUCCUGCCGAAGCGGAGCCAGCCGCUGCUGACGUGGACGACCAAGACGAUGCGGUUAAGGACGAUUGGGACGCAGAAUCAGACGAUGGCGUCAAGGAUGAGUGGGAUGCCGAGAGUGACGAUGGUGAAAAGGAAGCCAAGGUCGAGGCGAAGAAGGCCGGUGAAAAGGAGAAGGGCGUCAAGGAGGCUGCUCCUGCCUCUGCCGCCAAGGCGGCGCCCAAUGGCAAGAGCUCGGCCGCUGCAGAGAAGGCCAGGACUGAUGCCAAGGCCGCCAGCGAGAAGGCGGCGGCUGCUUCGGCUAAGGCGACGAAGGAAGCAGAUGCGGCCAAAGCUGCUGCACAGAAAGAAGAGGAAGAGGAAGAGGAUGAGAAUGAUGACGACGACGAGUCAGAGGACGACUCGGGCAGCGACUCUGAUGGUUCAGAUGACGACUCGGACGACGACGACUCGGAUGAUUCAGAUGAAGACGAAGGUACUGUGGCGCAGCGUAUGGCUGCUCAACGCAAGGCCGAGGCCGAGAAGCGUCGCAAGGAGAAGCACGAGGCUGCGCUUGCCGCACGCAACAAGGACGAUCUGCGAAGCCCCAUCUGCUGCAUCAUGGGCCACGUCGACACCGGAAAGACGAAGCUGCUUGACAAGAUUCGCCAGACCAACGUGCAGGAAGGCGAAGCUGGUGGUAUCACACAGCAGAUUGGUGCUACCUACUUCCCUGUCGACGUUCUCAAGCAAAAGAUCAUGCCUAUCGACCCAGAAGGCAAGCAAAAGUUCAACACACCCGGUCUUCUCGUCAUCGAUACACCUGGUCACGAAUCUUUCACCAACUUGCGCACGAGGGGUAGCUCUCUGUGCAACAUUGCCAUCCUCGUCGUUGAUAUUAUGCACGGCCUCGAGCCACAGACGCUCGAGUCGAUCCGGCUGCUGCGAGACAGGAAGACGCCAUUCAUCGUCGCUCUCAACAAGAUCGACCGACUCUACGGAUGGCAGCCGACACCCGACGGAGCGUUCCGAGACAGCUUGGCCAAGCAGAGCCGCGCAACCCAGAGCGAGUUCGAGGACCGAGCCCAAAAGACGAUCAUCGCGUUUGCCGAGCAAGGCCUCAACGCCGUUCUGUACUACGACAACAAGAACUUUGCCAAGAACGUCAGCUUGGUUCCCACGAGUGCUCACACGGGCGAGGGUAUCCCCGACAUGCUCCAGCUCCUCGUCAACCUGACGCAGGACCGCAUGAGCGAGCGGCUCAUGUACCUCUCUGAGCUCGAGUGCACCGUGCUCGAGGUCAAGGUCAUUGAGGGUCUGGGCACGACCAUCGACGUGAUUCUGUCCAACGGUGUCAUGCACGAGGGCGACAAGAUUGUCCUUUGUGGUCUCAACGGCCCCAUUGUGACGCAGGUUCGAGCGCUGCUUACACCACAGCCCCUCAAGGAGAUGCGUGUCAAGGGCUCUUAUGUCCACCACAAGACUGUCAAGGCUGCAUUGGGUGUCAAGAUCUCUGCGCCAGAUCUCGAAAAGGCCAUCAGUGGUUCGCGCCUCAUGGUCUGCGGCCCCGACGACGAUGAGGAGGAGCUCAAGGAAGAGGUCAUGUCGGAUCUCACUGGUCUUCUCCACUCCAUCGACAAGUCGGGCAAGGGCGUCUGCGUCCAGGCGUCCACCCUCGGUUCGCUCGAGGCCCUGCUAGAAUUCCUCAAGCAGAGCAAGAUUCCGGUCAACGGCAUCAACAUCGGCCCUGUGUACAAGCGCGAUGUGAUGCGGUGCGCCACGAUGCUGGAAAAGGCACCGGACCUUGCUGUGAUGCUUUGCUUUGACGUGGACAUCGACAAGGACGCGAGCAGGAUGGCAGAGGAGCUUGGCGUCAAGAUCUUUUCGGCGAGGAUCAUCUACCAUCUCUUCGACAGCUUCAUCGCGCAUCAGAAGCAGGUCCUCGAGACGAAGCAAAAGGAGAAUACGGCGACGGCAGUCUGGCCAUGCCGGCUCAAGAUCCUGGCAGCCUUUGCCAAGCGGUCGCCCUUGAUCCUUGGGUGCGAGAUCACGGCGGGUGACCUGAGGAUGGGUACGCCAAUCUGCGUGCGAAAGGAUGGUGAGAUCAUCAAUCUGGGUCGAGUGACGUCUCUCGAAGUCAACCACAAGCGGAUGGACAUUGUGACGCCCAAGUCGGCCGGUGCUGGCGUGGCCGUCAGGAUUGAGUGUGCGCCCCACGAGACGGCGAGAACGUACGGCAGGCACUUUGAUGAAUCGGACGAGCUGUUCAGCCACCUGACGCGGCAGAGCAUCGACACGCUCAAGGAGCUCUUUUGGGACCAGGUUUCCCUCGAGCAGAAAAAGUGCAUCAAGGCGCUCAAGCCCAUCCUCAAUAUUCCUUGAGUGCGCCGAUUUGGCGGUCUGUGAACAAUUGCUAUCAUCCUUCCUUUCUUGUAGACUCGUCAUUUCUCUCAGUGCGCCGCGGAAAAUGUUCACUUCAUUCCCUC